AUGGCUCUCGCGCGCCACUGGGGGCGCACGCUCGUGCUACCACGUGUCCGCACCAGCCGCAUCGGCGCCACGUGGCAUGCUCCCCGCGUAUUUGACCCGGUGUUGAUGGGGCGGUUCGUGCCGUGCGUGCGCGAGGACCUGUGGCGGACAGUGGUGCCCGCGGGGGCGUCCCGCCGCUCCCCCCCCAAGUCCUCUGAUUGGUACAAGCGGCAUCGCGAGGCGGCAUGUGAGAGGAAGAGGAUGAUGCAGUAUUACUUCCGAGAGCUCUCGUCCAUCCCUGCGGCGAUCAGUAAUCUCUCACAGCAGCGCCUAGCCCUGCACCCCCUGCACACCUUCCUCUCCCGCGCCUCAGUCAAGCUCCUCAAGACGUUCGUCGCCUCCCACGAGCUGCACCCCUUGCCCUCUAGUGCAACGGUGAGUUCUAGGUGCAUGCGAUGUGCAGCCGAUGCGUGUGACUGUCAUCAGUGUGGAGCGGUCAGAGUCUGUCUGACGAUGGCGUGGCAGCAGGAGAAAGUGGUUGGGCUGGGGGGCGUGCUCGUGCAACGUUGCAGCGCCCUGCCACCGUCCAAACGGGCCAGGGCUACUCGUGCUGCGGCUGCUGACGCCUAUUGCUCGUCCCACUCCGUGCUGCUCGUGCGCUCCCCCUGUAGCUUCUCCCUGUCAACGGUGAUCGCCAACGCGGCAGCAGCAUCAGACGCUGCUGUUGAUGAGCGUGUGUGGGCCCAGCCAUUCACUGCCGCUGUAUUUGAGGCACCUCAACACCUCCCUCCCUUCCCCUCUUCCCCUUUUGCCCCCUCGCCCUGGCACGCACUGCCGCUGCCGCAGCUGGCUUCACAGCGCCUACAGCACUUACUGCACGUGCUCUCGUCGUGCGCAGAAGCAGGAAAGGGACGCACAGCAGCUGAGCAGCACACUAGAGGCCUACUAUUGGCAGUGGGGGCAGGACUGGCGGCAGCAGGGGUAGUGACAGCAGCAGCAGGAUGUGGAGCAGAAGCGUCAGUGCGGCACGGCCUAUGGAGAUAUCCCCUUAGUCACUGA